AUCUCAUCUGAAAAGCAUUUGUGACUCUGACAAGGCUGGGGAAAGGCAGCUUUUGCGCUUUACCUGUGGUGCUUUCAGUCUGAGGUGGAUCUGUACCAAAAUGAGUCAGCCUGCCAGACUCCCCUGGACCAGCAGUACCCUGAGGAGAUCUUGAAACUGGAGAAGGCUGGAGGUCGGAAGAACUAUCACAUCUUCACCUACACGGAUCAUGACCAAUUCACCAACCUAGAAGAGCACUGACAGAAGGUAACUGACUCAGAUCAUGAGGUACCAUCGUAUCUGGCAGAGAGGAUGGCCAAUGUGAGAAGGAGAAGACAAGACCAUAGGCCAGUAGAAGCAAGUUCUCUGAAGUUGAAAAUCAUCACCUGGGAACCCUCAGAAGAAUUUAUAAAGAACAAUCAUGUGAUUAACACUCCUGUCCAGACUAUGUACAUCAUGGGGUACUUGGGACCUUAUGGAAAGCUUGGUCACAGGGAGUAUGAACAUGUUCUUUGCACAAUCAAGGUGGACACAGUGAAGCCUGAUUUUACUGGCACCAAAGGAGCCUACCAGAUCGAGCUGGAUGGAGAGAAGCGAGAGGUGUGGAAAUACACCAUUGAGAAUGCGUCUGUCCAAGUGCAGCCAGAGGAGGAGGAACAUGAGCAGCACAUGUUCAGAGACCUGUACAGUCGGCACAAGGAAUACCUCAGCGGUCUUGUAGGCUCAGAAUUUGAAAUGACUCUUCCUGGUACACUGAGGCUUUUUGUGAAUGGAGAAAUAGUUUCAGCUCAAGGCUAUGAGUAUGACAACCUCUAUGUUCCUAUCUUCCUGGAGCUACCUAACCGAAAGUGUUCACAGUGGUCAAGCCCUGUGUUCCAGCAGCUAUCAGGAGUGACACAGACCUGUGCCACCAAGACAGUGGGCUGGGAUAACGUGGCAUACUUCUGCUACCCCUUCACUUUGGAGAUGUUUUUCACCCAAGGAGACAAAUUGGAAGACAGUCUCCCUCAGUGGCCUGUUCUCUACUUUGAGGUUCUCUCCCUGGAUUUCUGGCAGAGGUGUCGCAUUGAAGUAUAUGGUUCCUUGGUGCUGCCAGCAUCUCCAGGUCUCCACAUGCUCACCAUCCCUACCUGGCGCCCUGUGGAGCUGGGGACAGUCACUGAGCUGAGGAGAUUUUUCACUGGUGGAUCUCCUGAGCUGGAGGAUAUAACCUACAUCAGGAUACCAUCAACCUUCAAGAUGGGCUUAGCUGCAGGGCGUUGCUCUUGCUGGGAUAUGACUUGUGAUCAUGAACAGAGGAACGGGCAAAUGCUGAGGCAGAGCUCUCUGCCUUCUGAGGGAGAGCAUCUAAGCUGCUUUGGUUUUCGCACAGAGACAACAGGGAGUGUCACGUUCCGGCUUUACUGCCUGCAGCAGUCUAAGCAAGUGCAGCAAAGUGAGUACGAGCUCCAUCUUGUGUGCUGUGCUUUAGCAGGCCUGACCUCCUAUUGUACUUCUGUGCAGAGCCUUUCUGGAAACCAGUGCCCUGAGGCAUGUGGGACAGGAUAUUUCAAGAGGAUCCAUUACUGCGGGGAUAACUGUCCCCCUGUGAACUCUCUGAGUGCAUAG